UAAAAUAAGUUAUCAGUUAAGAUAUUUGUCUCUAUGUCUUUUCCUGUAAUUCAGAAUUUGUGUUGCAUGGUUUUCAUGAUAGAUUUAUAAAACAGGUUUACAAACCUUAAUCAAUGAAGGCAGCAAAACGUGGUUUUAAAGCCUGUUCUGGAAUAGACAAAGUGACAACUUAAAAUGGAGAAAAAUUCUUAGCACUUUUUCUUCUGCAGAGGGAUUAUUUUCAAGUUAAUUGGAAAACAGGUGCUAAGUGGAACUGCAGUGGGUGAGAAUAAAUAUCUUUUUCUAUUAGAUAGACAGUAUACAGACCUAAGGAACAACAGAUUUUGACUAGAGGGGUGGUUGUUACGUGGUCCUAGCAGGAGAAAGCAAACAGGGAAGAAACCAAGAAUUAUUUAUUCACUUGAUUGUCUCCAUGUAAGUCUCACUAUGGGUGUGUUACACACACUGCCAGUGAAGCCAAGAAAAUUCCUUCCCCCAGCCAGAGUCUGUAUGGGCUUGCUCAUACUCUGUCCUGCCUCUUUUGUGACAGGGGAAAAUAUAAAGUGAGCAAGCCCAACAUCAUUUCUAUUUCCUUCAACAUUAUAAUCAGCUGAAAUGUCAGAGCACCUGUUUGCAAAGUGUUAAUUCAAAUUUAAUCUGCAGUUUUUACGAUCUAAUAGUGUGGUGUGUUUUCUCACAUCCCUCACUGACGUCGUCUUCAAACGCAUCUUCUGUAAGGAUUUUUUCCUCUUCUAGAAACCCACAGAAAGUGCCUUCAUUUACUGAGCAGCUGGUCCGCUGGAUAACACUGCCAGUUCCGAUGUGAGAAGAGAAUUCUGGGAACAGGGCAUGUGUUGUGAUGGGAAGUCAGUACCACCAGAUCUGGAUUUUCCUACAACUGUACAAGAUUUGUCAGAGGUCCCAGACCACUGAAUUUCAGAGAGGCAUUGAGCCUCACUUCUUAAUUCUGAUUUCCUGGGCUGUGGCUCUGGUUUGCCAUGUCAAGAUGUCCUUGAGCCUUCCCUCCUUGAGCCUGAUUGAUACUCCUUUGACAUUUCACCCUGUUCACAGCCAGUGUGAGUCUAGUGCUAUGAAUCUUGACAAAUUUGAGAAAAGCCCAAGGGAAAUUUUUCAUCCUGAGAUACAAAAGGAUUUAUUGGUUCUUGAAGAGCAAGAGGGAUCUGUGAAUUUUAAAUUUGGAGUCCUUUAUGCUAAGGAUGGGCAGCUUACAGAUGAUGAAAUGUUCAGCAAUGAAACUGGAAGUGAAAGCUUUCAAAGAUUUUUGUCUCUCUUGGGUGACACAGUUACUUUGAAAGGCUGGACAGGCUACAGAGGAGGACUGGACACUAAAAAUGAUACAACAGGAACCUGUUCCAUCUAUACGGUUUUUCAAGGGCAUGAGAUUAUGUUCCAUGUUUCAACAAUGCUACCAUAUUCUAGAGAGAACAAGCAGCAGGUAGAAAGGAAACGACAUAUUGGAAAUGACAUAGUCACUAUCGUAUUUCAGGAAGGCGAAGAGUCUUCUACAGCAUUCAAGCCAUCCAUGAUUCGCUCUCAUUUUACACAUAUUUUUGCCUUAGUGAGAUAUAAUAAGCAGAAUGAUAGUUACAGGCUGAAAAUAUUUUCAGAAGAAAGUGUUCCCCUCUUUGGGCCUCCCCUUCCAUCCCCACCUGUGUUUACAAAUCACCAGGAAUUCCGGGAUUUUGUGUUAGUGAAAUUAAUAAAUGGGGAAAAAGCCACCUUGGAAACACCAACGUUUUCUCAGAAACGUCAACGUACUCUAGACAUGCUGAUCCGCUCUUUAUACCAAGACCUGAUGCCUGAUCUACACAAGGUAAAUAACAUGCUCAAUAGAAGGUCCUUCAGUGAUGUGUUACCAGAGUCCCCAAAAUCAACACGAAAAAAAGAGGAAGCUCGGCAAGCAGAGUUUGUCAGACUUGGUCAGGCAUUGAAAUUGAAAACCACUGUGAAAGGGGAUGCCACAGCUAACUUGGCAACCACAAGCUUUUGUAAAAAGGAGCCUUGGGAAUCUCAAUCUUUCUGCAGUAAUUUUCCUCAUGAGGUUGUCUGUGCAGAUUCUUGGGGCCAGUCCUUGCUGGUUUCUACAGAUGCUGGCAUCUUGUUAAUAGACGAUGGUCAACCGUCAGUGCAAGUGUUUGAUAAAACUCUCCAAGUAAAGCAGAUGCACGUGUUAGAAGCUCUGGAUCUUUUGAUUGCCCGAACAGACAAAGGGAAAGACUCUCGUCUCCUUGUCUUCAGACUCAGUGCUGUCCAAAACGAUAUAGAAAGAAAGCAAAUGAUAAGGAGCAAAUACGACUGCAGAGAAAAUAAACUGGAGAGAACAAAAGGCUGCCAUUUGUAUGCCAUUAAUACUCACCACGGCAGUGAACUGAGGAUCGUUGUGGCUAUUCGGAACAAACUACUUCUCGUCACAAAGAAGUAUAAUCCACGCGACAGUUUAACCAGCAGCUCUCUGCUGUCGUCAUCUGAAUCUCCAGUAGAGGAGUUCCAGUACAUCCGGGAAAUAUGCCUUUCUGACCCUCCAGUGGUUAUGACGCUGGUGGAUGGACCUACUGGAGACAGUGACAAUAUGAUCUGUGUAGCGUAUCGGCAUCAGUUUGAUUUGGUUAAUGAGAGUACUGGGGAGUCCUAUAGAUUGCAUCAUGUUGACACAAACAAGGUUAAUUUUGUUGCAGCUAUUGAUGUAUAUGAAGAUGGUGAAGCUGGUUUACUGUUGUGUUAUAACUAUGUUUGCCAAUACAGAAAGGUAUAUCCUUUCAAUGGAGGUUCUCCACUGAUCCAGCCAUCAGCGUAUGACUUCCACUUCAGCUGGAAUCAAGUUCCUUAUGCUGUUGUCUGUGCUUUCCCUUAUAUCCUUGCCUUCACUACUGAUUCCAUUGAGAUCCGAUUAGUGGUGAACGGGAACUUAGUCCACACAGCAGUUGUGCCUGAGCUUCAACUUGUAGCAUCAAGGUCAGAUAUUUAUUUUAAAGCUACUGCUGCAGUAAGUGGAUCAUCUGACAGCAGCUCUAAGGAAAUGAGUUCAAGGAGUUCUCCUCAAACACCGACAGCUUAUGAAAUGCCAGAAUGUCCUCUUUCUUCUCUAGAAGGUGACGUUCCAUGCAAAAACCUGUACAAAAUUCCUCUCAGUAAUCUGGUUGGGCGAAGCAUUGAACGACCUCUGAAGUCACCUUUGGCUCCCAAGGUCAUCACUACCACAAUAUCCAGUGGCAUUGCCUCUCUUCCAGUUACUCACUCACUGUCCUUAUCUCGUAUGGAAAUUAAAGAAAUUGCAAGCAGAACACGAAAAGAAUUGCUGGGCCUCUUGGAUGAGCCUAUACCCAAGACAGAAAGUGCACAGAAGAAAAAAAAGGUUCCUCGAAGACAAUCAGACCCCAAGCAAGGAGCAGUAAGAUCAACUAGUAGCGACAGGAUAAUAUCAAGUUCUUUUGAAAGCUAUUCUGAAGGACGUCAUCUUUCCACUAGUUCAGAUCCCGAUACUUUAGCAAACAGGGAGGAGAGCUUACCAUCUAGCUAUCCAUUUCAGCUGAUUUCUUUAUAUGAUGAAGACAUCAUUGAUUUGAAGUGAAGACGGUCCUAAAACCUUUCUUCCUUACUUCACGUUUUCUUACAACUCUGUGAGCUCUAUGGGAGUGUCACAAACACUGCUUCUAGUGGUAAAAUGUGGCUGGAAGUAUUUGGUGAUUAAUCUUUAUAGAACCCAUGUCGUUCUGGCUAGCUCAGCCUGAUUUGGUGAUGCUUGUAUCUUUGACAUAGGUAUGUUUUCUUUUCUCAGUUAAUGAACCAUUACUUUUUGUGGCAUUCUAACUGUAGUGAAUCAAUGAGAGCUUUAGGCUGAAACUGAAGUAAAUAAAGUGUUACUUGUUCGGA